UUCCUCUGUGACGGAGAGGGAGACUGUGUGGAUGGCUCUGAUGAGGAAGGCUGUGAUUCUAACAAGGCCCUUCCUCCUGUCCAGCCAACUCUGGUUCAGACCUGUACUAGUCCAUCAGUGAUGUGUCGGGGUUCAACAUUGUGCAUCUCCCAAACUCAGCUGUGUGAUGCAUGGAAAGACUGUCCUGAUGGUUUUGAUGAGGAGUCCUGCAUUACUAAAUGUCCAAACGGCGGUGAGUUCCGAUGUAAGGACAGGAGGAGGUGUAUUGAGAGGAGUCUGGUUUGUGACGGACGCUCUCAUUGCAAUGACGGCUCCGGUGAGGUUGGCUGUCCAACGAUAGCUGCGCCAACAUCCCAGGCAGCGCCGCUGAAGUGUCGUAUGGGCUCUAGACUGUGUAAGGAUGGGAGAGAGUGUGUCCUGCACAGCCAUGUUUGUGAUGGAGAGGUGGACUGUACGGAUGGAUCAGAUGAACAGGACUGUGAGCUGCUCUGCAAAGCAGGUCAGUUCCAGUGUGCUCAUGGGAAAAAGUGUAUCGACCAGCAGCAGGUGUGUGAUGGGAAGGCCCAGUGUCAGGACCGCUCUGAUGAAAUGGACUGCUUCAAGCCCACCAAGAGCUGCAGCCAUCGCUGUGACAACAAGAGCCGCUGUAUCCCAGAAACCUUCCUCUGUGACGGAGAGGGAGACUGUGUGGAUGGCUCUGAUGAGGAAGGCUGUGAUUCUAACAAGGCCCUUCCUCCUGUCCAGCCAACUCUGGUUCAGACCUGUACUAGUCCAUCAGUGAUGUGUCGGGGUUCAACAUUGUGCAUCUCCCAAACUCAGCUGUGUGAUGCAUGGAAAGACUGUCCUGAUGGUUUUGAUGAGGAGUCCUGCAUUACUAAAUGUCCAAACGGCGGUGAGUUCCGAUGUAAGGACAGGAGGAGGUGUAUUGAGAGGAGUCUGGUUUGUGACGGACGCUCUCAUUGCAAUGACGGCUCCGAUGAGGUUGGCUGUCCAACGAUAGCUGCGCCAACAUCCCAGGCAGCGCCGCUGAAGUGUCGUAUGGGCUCUAGACUGUGUAAGGAUGGGAGAGAGUGUGUCCUGCACAGCCAUGUUUGUGAUGGAGAGGUGGACUGUACGGAUGGAUCAGAUGAACAGGACUGUGGGUCUCCAAUUCCAGUUACUACCUCUAAUUUAGCUCCAACUACAACCAGUCCAGAUAUUCUUCCUGCUCAGCCAGUUUGUACCAGUCCAUCAGUGAUGUGUCGGAGUUCAACAUUGUGCAUCUCCCAAACUCAGCUGUGUGAUGCAUGGAGAGACUGUCCUGAUGGUUUUGAUGAGGAGUCCUGCAUUACUAAAUGUCCAAACGGCGGUGAGUUCCGAUGUAAGGACAGGAGGAGGUGUAUUGAGAGGAGUCUGGUUUGUGACGGACGCUCUCAUUGCAAUGACGGCUCCGAUGAGGUUGGCUGUCCAACGAUAGCUGCGCCAACAUCCCAGGCAGCGCCGCUGAAGUGUCGUAUGGGCUCUAGACUGUGUAAGGAUGGGAGAGAGUGUGUCCUGCACAGCCAUGUUUGUGAUGGAGAGGUGGACUGUACGGAUGGAUCAGAUGAACAGGACUGUGAGCUGCUCUGCAAAGCAGGUCAGUUCCAGUGUGCUCAUGGGAAAAAGUGUAUCGACCAGCAGCAGGUGUGUGAUGGGAAGGCCCAGUGUCAGGACCGCUCUGAUGAAAUGGACUGCUUCAAGCCCACCAAGAGCUGCAGCCAUCGCUGUGACAACAAGAGCCGCUGUAUCCCAGAAACCUUCCUCUGUGACGGAGAGGGAGACUGUGUGGAUGGCUCUGAUGAGGAAGGCUGUGAUUCUAACAAGGCCCUUCCUCCUGUCCAGCCAACUCUGGUUCAGACCUGUACUAGUCCAUCAGUGAUGUGUCGGGGUUCAACAUUGUGCAUCUCCCAAACUCAGCUGUGUGAUGCAUGGAAAGACUGUCCUGAUGGUUUUGAUGAGGAGUCCUGCAUUACUAAAUGUCCAAACGGCGGUGAGUUCCGAUGUAAGGACAGGAGGAGGUGUAUUGAGAGGAGUCUGGUUUGUGACGGACGCUCUCAUUGCAAUGACGGCUCCGAUGAGGUUGGCUGUCCAACGAUAGCUGCGCCAACAUCCCAGGCAGCGCCGCUGAAGUGUCGUAUGGGCUCUAGACUGUGUAAGGAUGGGAGAGAGUGUGUCCUGCACAGCCAUGUUUGUGAUGGAGAGGUGGACUGUACGGAUGGAUCAGAUGAACAGGACUGUGAGCUGCUCUGCAAAGCAGGUCAGUUCCAGUGUGCUCAUGGGAAAAAGUGUAUCGACCAGCAGCAGGUGUGUGAUGGGAAGGCCCAGUGUCAGGACCGCUCUGAUGAAAUGGACUGCUUCAAGCCCACCAAGAGCUGCAGCCAUCGCUGUGACAACAAGAGCCGCUGUAUCCCAGAAACCUUCCUCUGUGACGGAGAGGGAGACUGUGUGGACGGCUCUGAUGAGGAAGGCUGUGUGGCAAAGCUGUGUGGUCAGCAGCAGUAUCAGUGCAGUAGUGGUCAGUGUGUGUCUGAGGGUCUCCGUUGUGACGGCCAUGCUGACUGUAGAGACCAUUCUGAUGAGGCGGGCUGUGCCAAACCCCCCCACUGUCCCCCGGAGCGCCGCUGCACAAACAGCCAUGAAUGUCUGGUGAAGGAGUGGCUGUGUGAUGGGGAAGAGGACUGCCAGGACGGUUCAGAUGAGAGGAACUGUAAGGUGUCUCCAGUGAGGUGUGGGGAGUCCCAGUGGAGCUGUGUCUCUAGGAGUCAGUGUAUCCCUGCGACCUGGAGGUGUGAUGGACAGAAGGACUGUGAGGACCACAGUGACGAGGCCGGAUGUGGCCAGGUGAAGUGCUCCAACCAGCUGUACCAGUGUGGUAGUGGAGAGUGUGUGGACCAUUCUGUGCUGUGUGACCACAUCAUCAACUGUCCUGAUGGAUCUGAUGAGGGGCAUGGCUGUUUCAUCAAGAACUGCUCCAGCCCUGGGACCCCCCAAUGUGACCAGCACUGUGUCAGCACCCCUUAUGGACCGAGGUGCAUCUGUGCUGCAGGCUUCCGGCUCCAGUCCAAUGGUGUGUCCUGUGUGGAUGUUGAUGAGUGUAACACGGUCCUACCAGCUGUCUGCAGCCACACCUGCCUCAACACCCACAGCUCCUUCCUGUGUCGCUGUCACCAUGGAUAUCUGCUGGAACUAGAUGGUCGCAGCUGCAAGGCCCAAGAUGAGGCUCUCCUGCUGGCAUCUGUUGAGUAUGAGCUGCUGGUGUUAGGGCUGCAUAGCUCCAGCCUUUCAGUGCUCUCUACUAGUAUGAGACCUGUGUUCUGUGUGGAUUAUGACUGGAGAGACCAGAGGGUAUACUGGGUCAGUCUGGAUGAGGAGAGCAUCAAGUGGACCUCCAUCAACACCAAGGAUGCAGGCACUCUGGUCAAAGGUGUGAAGCCUGAGUCUAUAGCUGUGGACUGGGUUGGCAGGAACCUGUACUGGCUGGAUGGGCUGGCCAGUCGGAUUCUGGCUGUGAGGCUGUCUACAGUAAAGCCUCAGAACUACAUAGUGGUUCUGGAUGAGGAUCUGGAGCAGCCUCGCUCACUACUGCUGCUGCCACACAAAGGGUUGAUGUUCUGGUCAGAGGUUGGUAACGAUCCCCAGAUAGAGCGGUCAGGGAUGGACGGCGCUGAGAGGAAGGUGGUGGUGACUCGUGGUCUCAGCUGGCCAGUCAGUCUCUCUGUGGACACUCUCACUGACCGAAUCUACUGGGCCGACGAAAAACUACAGUGCAUCGGCUCUGUAUCCCUGGAAGGACACAAUGUCAGGCUUCUGCAGAUGACUGAAAUGCCCAGUCCCUUCUCUGUAGUGGUCUUCAAUGACAUGGUCUACUGGUCUGACACCAGGAGGAGAACUAUUCAAGUAGCCCACAAGAACACUGGCAAGAACCGCAAGGUUUUACUCAAAAGGCCUGGACAGCCUUUUGGCCUCAGGAUGAUGCACCCCCUCAUGCAGGCCAACGUGUCCAGCCCCUGUGAGAAGCUCCAGUGUUCAGACCUCUGUCUCUUGGCUCCAGGGCUAUCUACGGGGCCCAAGGCUGUGUGUCGAUGCGCAGCAGGGCUACUUCUGGCUGGGGACGGCCUCACCUGCUCCGCCCUUGUAGACACCACCUUCCUCCUGCUCCUCUCUCCUACUGCAGUCACACAGAUAUACCUUAGCACCAUGCAUAAUGGUGUGGGUUUGACGCGGUGGCCUGAGCACCAUGUAUUGUCUCUGCCGGGGGUGCACCAGGCUUCUGGGCUGGAUUUGGCUGUACAGGACAGGACAUUAUACCUGGCUGAUGCUGCCCAGGGCUCAGUGGGUCUCCUGAAACUGAGUAGCUCAGGGCUGACACCAGGCAGCAGAGUCCUGAAUCUCCCGGACGAUACGGUGACGGCUCUGGCUGUGGACUGGGUAACACUCAACCUGUACUGGAGUAGCAGCAAGCAGCCUGACCUACAUGUCACCACCAGCAGGGGGCAGCACACUGCACUUCUGCUCCAACCAGGAGUCCAGGGAACCACCUCCGUCGCCCUGCACCCCCCCUCAGGACGACUGUGCUUCACGGCCUUGGGCCAGGUGAAUGUGAGGAGCCUGCCUCAGGUGGACUGUGCCUUCAUGGAUGGACGCAGUCAGAAGCUGCUCUGGAGGAAAGCUGUGAUGCCAACCUCCCUUCUGUUCUCCAACAAGGGCACUCAGCUGUAUUGGGCUGACAUAGGUGCUGGAGUGAUCGGCUCCAUUCUUCUGGAUGGUUCUGGAUAUAAACAGUUUAAAGCAGGUCCCGGCCUCAUCUCCUUCACACGAGCUGAGAACAUCCUCCUGUGGAGCACCCUGGACAACGAUGUGACUAGGCUCUGGUUCAGUGAUGGAUUUCAGCCCAAGCAGCUGUGGUUUGAGGUCAAGACCAAUGUAGUGGCACUGAGGGUUUACAGCAAGACCAGUCAGAAAGGAACGAACAGUUGCUCAGAGAGGAACGGAGGCUGCAGUCAGCUGUGCCUGGCCUACCCAGGGGGGCGGAGCUGCCGAUGUGGACGUGGUUACCAGCCUAUCGACACCACCACGUGUAGCCCUUUCCCCUCCCUCCAGUGUCCAGAGGGCAGCAGGGCCUGUAGCGACGGCAGCAGGUGCCUCCCCCUCACAAAGUUCUGCAACCACCAAACAGACUGCCUCGACCAAUCAGACGAGAUCAAAUGUGGGUCUGGAGUGAAGCCCCAAGAUGUCAGCCAUAGUAAACCUUCCCUGGGGCAUGCUGGGAACACCGUCCCCCCUGGUCAGGACUGGUCCGGGAGGACCACCCCCGCUGGGGUGGAGGUGCAGGAGCUGGACUCUGAGUCAUGUGAUGUCCAGCAGUGUAAUGGACAUGGGAAGUGUGUGACGCGGGGUGGAGAAACCUCCUGCCAGUGUAUUCUGGGAUACCAGGGGGAGUUCUGUGGUGAGGGUCCAGGGGUCAGUAACGCCCCCCUCACAUUGGGCAUCCUCAGCCUCAUUGGUGGAGUCCUCAUCGCAGCUGUCAUCAUCUGGAAGAGCAGAGCAAGAGCUGCAGCUCGGGGCCAGUCCACAGAGAAGGAGACUCUGAUGACCAACAUGGAUGAAGGGACGGUCUACGCUGAGUCCUUCAACAACCAUCUGUAUGACCCCGAUCCUGACCAGGUAUUGAUGUCUUCUGCUGAUGGGACACCUCAACGUCUGUAAAUGUUGUCUUUCCUCCUCGCUGAAAUAAAGAAUGUAGUCUAGGAUGUUAAA